AUGGAUAUACUACGCGAGUCACCCCUAGGUCAACUUUUACGGGCAAUUACAGGGAAUAGGAUUCUACUUUAUCCGGAAGAAAAGCCAGGAUUUGUUCCAUCGAAUUCAGAAGAGACAAGAUACCAGAUUGAACCUAAACAAAGUCUUGGAGGGGACUCUGCUAUAAUUCCAACUUCAUAUGCAGCACAUGCGGAAAAUGAGUAUAUAGUUGAUUGUUUGUACACGUUCGCCAUCUAUUCUGGUUCAUCAAUCUACGUGCCAGCUGCACCUCAAAUCAUAGAACACUUCCAAGUUAGUCAAACGAAGGCUUCAUUGGGCUUGGCAUUAUAUGUAUUGGGCUAUGGUCUCGGUCCGUUGCUCUUCUCGCCCUUGAGUGAGGUUCCAUUUUAUGGUCGCAAUAUCCCAUAUAUUACCUCCCUCGUCAUCUUUGUCGCGCUAUGUGUUCCCACCGCUUUGGUGGACAACUACACUGGAUUUAUGAUUCUUCGAUUGCUUCAGGGAUUUUUCGGGAGUCCCUGUCUGGCAAGUGGUGGUGCCUCAAUGGCAGAUAUGUACUCGGACAUUUACCUACCGCUAGGAUUGACCAGUUGGGUUGCUGCGGCGUAUGGCGGACCAGCUUUUGGGCCGCUUUUGUCAGCCUAUUCGAUCGCUGCCAAGGGGUGGCGGUGGGCGAUGUGGGAAAUUCUUUGGUUAAGUGCACCUAUCCUUGUCCUUAUGAUCGUCUGUCUUCCAGAGACGUCGGCCGACAACAUCCUCCUCCGCCGUGCACGACGACUACGCAGAGUUACUGGAAAUUCGAAUCUUAUGUCGCGGUCCGAAAUUGCGCAGAGUAGUCGGUCAUUUAACAACAUAGUCAUUCAUUCCCUGAUCAAACCUGUCGAGAUAAUGAUCAAAGACCCAGCCGUCCUAUUCGCCAAUAUUUACACCUCCCUCGUCUAUGGAAUUUAUUACUCCUUCUUUGAGGCGUUUCCAUUGGUCUAUCCAACUAAGUACGGGCUGGAUACUCAGGAUGUUGCGCUAAUUUUCCUCUCAAUUGUUAUUGGCUGUGUGCUCGCAAUGGUUGUGUAUAUUGUUUAUCUUUAUACCUAUCUCAUGCCUGAUCUGAAGGCUAACGGCCAUCGUGCAUACGAGCAACGCCUAAGGCCUGCUCUGUUCGCUUCGUUCGGUCCACCGAUUGGACUUCUUAUUUUCGCCUGGACUACCAACGGCAGCAUCCAUUGGGCUGUGAGUGCCCUCGGUAUUGUCAUAUAUGCAGGAUCUAUCUUCAUUAUAUUGCAAUGCAUAGCUGUCUACCAGCCUCUUGCAUACCCCAAGUAUGCAGCUUCACUGUUUGCGGGAAAUGACACAGCACGCUCUGCUGCCGCGUUUGCGUUCAUCCUAUUCUCCCGAUUUAUGUUCAUCGAUCUUGGUAUUGACAAAGGUGUGACUCUAUUAGCCGGAUUGAGUGUCAUGGGGAUUAUCGGCAUGUUUAUUCUCUACUUCUACGGUGCAAACCUCCGUGCUAGAUCUAGAUUUGCAGAGCAUGGCUGA